AUGGUCCUCGACAGACUAAAGCAAUUGACCCUGCAGGUCAGCGCUUCUUCACCUCCUCCUCACCCCUUCGACCCUCUCUCAACCACCGAGAUCGACACGGCUGUUGCGCUCAUCCGCAAGGAGCAUGGCAAUGUCAACUUCAAUGCCGUCACACUCUACGAGCCACGCAAGGAGCAGAUGUUGGCAUGGUUGGCAAACCCUGAGUCUCCCCGUCCUACUCGUGCUGCCGAUAUUGUUGCUAUUGCUCCAGGCGGCAAGAUCUACGAUGGUGUCGUCGACCUUGAUGCGAAGAAGAUUGUUGAGUGGAAGCACACCCCCGGCGUGCAGCCGCUGAUCACCAUGGAGGAUUUGCAAGAGGUCGAGUUCGUUGUGCGCAAGGACCCCAAGGUCAUCGAGCAGUGUGGAAUUCUUGGUAUUCCCCCGCAGGAUAUGGACAAGGUUUACUGUGACCCAUGGACUAUCGGAUACGACGAGCGCUUUGGCACGGACGUUCGUCUGCAGCAAGCUCUGAUGUACUACCGGCCCCACGUUGACGACUCGCAAUACACAUUCCCGCUGGACUUCUGCCCGAUUUACAACGCCGAGACGAAGCAGAUCAUUCACAUUGAUGUCCCACCUGUACGGCGACCUCUGAGCAAGGCUGCGCCCAACAACUACCACGUCGCCUCAGUCGAGCAAGAAGGUGGCUACAGGACAGACCUGAAGCCAAUUCACAUCACCCAGCCCGAAGGUGUCUCUUUCAACAUCGAUGGACGUAGCAUCAAGUGGCAAAAUUGGAGCAUCCACGUCGGCUUCAACUACCGCGAAGGUAUCGUCCUGAACAACAUCACCUACAACGACAAGGGCAACAUCCGUGACGUCUUCUACCGACUCUCCCUCGCCGAGAUGGUUGUCCCAUACGGCAACCCCGAGCACCCCCACCAGCGCAAGCACGCCUUUGACCUGGGCGAGUACGGCGCCGGCUACAUGACCAACUCCCUCUCCCUCGGCUGCGACUGCAAGGGCGCAAUCCACUACAUGGACGCGGCCUUCGUCAACCGCGCCGGCGCCAGCACAAUCGUCAAGAACGCCAUCUGCAUCCACGAAGAAGACGCCGGCAUCCUCUUCAAGCACACCGACUUCCGCGACGAGUCCACCAUCGUUACCCGAGGCCGCAAGCUCAUCAUCUCCCAGAUCUUCACCGCCGCCAACUACGAGUACUGCGUCUACUGGAUCUUCCACCAGGACGGCACCGUCCAGCUCGACAUCAAGCUGACCGGCAUCCUAAACACCUACUCCAUGAACCCCGGCGAGGACACCCACGGCUGGGGAACCGAAGUCUACCCCGGCGUCAACGCCCACAACCACCAGCACCUCUUCUGCCUCCGCGUUGACGCAAACGUCGACGGUCCAAACAACACCGUCUUCCAGGUCGACGCCGUCCGCGGAGCCGGCGAGGUCGGCAGCGCAGAGAACAAAUACGGCAACGCCUUCUACGCAAAGAAGACCAAGUUCAGCACCCCCACAGAGGCAAUGUCCGACUACAACGGCGCCACCAGCCGCACCUGGGAAAUCCAAAACACAAACAAGAUCAACCCCUACAGCAAGAAGCCCGUCUCCUACAAGCUCGUCAGCCGCGAAGUCCCUCCCCUCCUACCCAAAGAGGGCGGUCUCGUCUGGAAGCGCGCCGGUUUCGCUAGACACGCCGUGCACGUUACAAAAUACUCGGACGACCAAGUCCACCCCGCCGGCCGCCACGUCCCACAGACCUCAGGCGAGCCCUCGCAGGGUCUCCCCAUGUGGAUCGAAGAAGCAGGCCCCAACUGCUCGAUCGACAACACCGACGUCGUCCUCUGGCACACCUUCGGCCUCACGCACUUCCCCACGCCGGAGGAUUACCCCGUCAUGCCGGCGGAGCCCAUGACUGUGCUUCUCCGCCCGCGCAACUUCUUUACCCGCAACCCGGUCCUCGAUGUCCCGCCGAGCUUUGCGCGCACGCCGUCGCAGGUUGCGGCGGCGUCUGGGGCUUGUGGGUGUACCGGGAGUAAGAAGAGCUCGCCGGAUGGGUCGAGUGUUUAUGUUUAG